CUUAAUUGAAUCAAAUGGUGUUUGAAAAGACCAAGCAUCAUCGUGUAUGCGAAUUUCAGGCUAUUGUACUUGCCGGAUAUGGCAGUAGUAACAGAUUGUAUCCAAUUGCAGAAGACGAUAAUAUGCCAAAGGCUCUCUUACCAGUUGGAAAUAAACCAAUUAUCUCCUACACUCUUGAAUGGCUCGAAAAAGCAGGAAUUCAUGAUGCUCUUGUGGUUGUUCAGGCUUCAGGCAAUGUCCAUCAAAAAGUGGCUGGCUACUUGGCUCGUGGCUACCAGGGGAAUGUUCACUGCAAUGUUAUUAGCGUGGAUGAAGAUUGUGGAUCUGCCGAUGCAUUACGAUUCCUUAAAGACAAGAUUGACCGUGAUUUCAUUGUAGUUCCUUGUGAUUUUGUUACCGAGAUGAACCCUAGAGAGUUAUUGGAUGUUCAUCGUGUUAACGAUCCCACUAUGACCGCUUUGUUUUACGAACCAAACAACACAGAGGCUGGAAAAGAUGAUGAUUUGUUACCAUUUGUUGGCAUUGAUUCUUCUCGCGGUGCACUUGUCUACAAGACCAGUCGAUCAGAAGACGAAGAUUUCUCUAUUCGCAUGUCACUCCUUAACAAAUUCCCGCGGGUUCGUGUUCACACAGAUUUACAGGAUGCUCACGUUUAUAUUUUCAAGCGAUGGGUGCUUGACAUGGUGGCUGACAAGGAAAACAUCUCGAGUAUUUCCGAGGAUCUUAUACCAAUGUUGGUUAAGUGCCAAUAUCAAAAGAAAAUGGUCGAACAAGAGGCAGUGGAGAAAUAUGCUGCUGCCAACAAGAACCUCUUGAGCACAGCCCUGUCACUAUCAACGACAUUAUCUGAAGAAACAUAUGAAUCGGAUCCCAUAAAUUCCGAUUUUAAUAGUCCCGUAAAAACCAAUGUUUUUGUUUACCGUGGUGGACUUUGUGGGCGUGGUAAUACUAUUACAAGCUACAGCGAACUCAACCGUCAUGUAACCAAACAGGGCGCCCAGAUCCAGAGAAUUGGUGCUCACACAGAAGUAUCUGCCAGAACCCAGGUUGGAAAUGACUCGACCAUUGGUGAAUAUACCAAGAUCGAUGAACGUUCCUCAGUUAAAAAAUCAUGCGUGGGUGCCCACUGUAUUAUUGGCAAAAAUGUAAAGAUUGCCAAUUCUGUGAUUAUGGAUCAUGUAGUAAUUGCAGACAAUGCCAAGGUCGAUGGAUGUGUUAUUUGCAAUAACGCAAAGGUUUUCGAGAAAUCAUCUCUCAAGGAUUGUGAAGUUGCUGCUGCUUAUGUGGUCGAAAAGGAUUCGCAAGUCAAGGGUGAAAAAUUAGUAGCCUUUAGAGAGGCCUAUUCAAAUAAUUAAAGAUAUUUCUUCUGUAAAAUUUGUAAUGAAGUCUAAAUAUCUAAAAUACAUUAUAUAAUUAAAUUUUAAUGAAGAAAUAGGACAAAUUGC